UUGAUGUUUUAGCUUGAAUACAGAGAGGAGGGCGCUCAGAGCUGCACACAGAGCGCGAAUCACCGAGCACACGCGCUCAUACAGCCCAAGCUCAGAUACCAGUCCACGCAGCCAGUGAUGUCGGCGCUCUAGUCUCCACUCCCAUUGGUGGACGGACGCUUGUCAAACACAGGCUGCACGUCUCGUUCUCAAUAGUUGGACAACACAGCCCCGGCAAACAAGGCUCCCGCCGUGUGUCAGAAGGGAAAGCGCGGCAAGAAGUGCGCAGAGGAACCUCAGCUGCUCUUUAGUGUGUCCUCUCCGCACAUUUCCUCUCCUUGGGAUAAGGGACAGUCGUCGGGACUCGCUGCAGACAGCAUGCAACGCAGAUCCUCAGAGAAUACUGGCUUUAACUGUCAGAGAAACGAUGAGGAAGCCGUGCUGGACAGGGGCGGGACUCGGUCCAUGCUCAACACAAAUUUUGAGAAAGAGGAGCUAGAAGGCCACCGUACCCUCUACAUCGGGGUGCAUGUACCACUGGGUCGGAGGUCACACAGACGGCAUCGUCACCAUGGACAUCGCCACAGGAAGAGGUCACGGGAGAGAGACUCUGGAACCGAGGAUGGCAGAGAAUCACCUUCAUAUACAGACACACCAUCUCAGCGUGUACAGUUCCUGCUGGGAAUGGAGGAUGACGAGGAACACAUUCCUCACGCUCUCUUCACAGAGCUGGACGAAAUCUGCCUGAAAGAGGGAGAGGAUGCGGAAUGGAAAGAGACGGCGAGAUGGCUGAAGUUUGAGGAGGAUGUAGAGGAUGGAGGGGAGAGGUGGAGUAAGCCAUAUGUGGCUACUCUUUCCCUUCACAGUCUGUUUGAGCUGCGGAGCUGCAUUCUCAACGGCACCGUCAUGCUGGACAUGAGGGCCAACUCACUGGAGGAGAUCGCAGAUUUGGUUUUGGACCAGCACGAGAUGUCAGUUUCUUUGGGAGAGGAGGUGAGGAAGAAGAUCCGAAAUGCUCUCCUUAAACAGCACCACCAUCAGAACCAGAAGAAACUGGCUAACCGGAUCCCAAUCGUACGCUCUUUCGCAGAUAUCGGCAGGAAGCAAUCCGAACCGCACUCCAUGGAUAAGAAUGGUCAGAUGGUGUCUCCUCAGGCUCAGCCCACCACUACAGAAGGACGUGCGGAUGGCAGUCGUGAGAACAGUGCUGUUGACUUCAGCAAAAUAGACCUCCACUUCAUGAAGAAGAUUCCACCCGGAGCUGAGGCAUCCAACAUCUUGGUUGGUGAACUGGAGUUUCUAGAGAAACCUGUGGUGGCCUUCAUCCGUCUGUCCCCCGCUGUGCUGCUCAAUGGCCUGGCAGAGGUCCCCAUCACCACCAGGUUUCUCUUUAUUCUGCUGGGGCCAAUGGGGAAAGGGCCUCAGUACCAUGAGAUUGGCCGCUCAAUUGCCACGCUCAUGACAGACGAGGUGUUCCAUGAUGUAGCUUAUAAAGCAAAGGAUCGUUCUGACCUUGUGGCAGGAAUCGAUGAGUUUUUGGAUCAGGUGACUGUGCUGCCCCCAGGCGAGUGGGAUCCUACCAUCAGAAUAGAGCCGCCCAAAAACGUGCCCUCACAGGAGAAACGGAAGAUUCCUCCUCUGGCCAAUGGAGGGGCUGAUCUGGGGGAGGCCGAGGAGCACGGAGGCCAUGGAGGACCAGAGCUACAGCGCACAGGGAAGUUUUUUGGCGGUUUUUUUCUGGACAUCAAGCGUAAGGCUCCUCAGUACCUGACAGAUUACACAGAUGCAAUCAGUUUGCAGUGUCUCGCCUCCUUCCUUUUCCUGUACUGCGCCUGCAUGUCUCCUGUUAUCACCUUCGGAGGUCUGCUGGGAGAAGCUACAGAAGGACGCAUAAGUGCAAUAGAGUCUCUGUUUGGAGCCUCUAUGACGGGUAUAGCAUAUUCUUUGUUUGCUGGGCAGCCCCUCACUAUCUUGGGCAGCACGGGACCUGUCUUGGUCUUUGAGAAAAUCCUCUACAAAUUCUGCAAAGAGUAUGAUUUGUCCUACCUCUCCUUACGCGUGUGUAUUGGUCUGUGGACGGCCUUUAUGUGUCUUGUGCUGGUUGCCACAGACGCCAGCUCACUGGUGUGUUACAUCACACGAUUCACAGAGGAAGCCUUCGCUUCCCUCAUCUGCAUCAUUUUCAUCUACGAGGCUCUGGAGAAACUCAUUCAUCUGGGAGAGACGUACCCUUUCAACAUGCACAAUGACCUCAACCAGCUCACUCAGUACUCGUGUGUGUGCACAGUGCCUGAAGAGCCCAGCAAUGCCACACUGAAUUACUGGCAGGAAAAAAACAUCACUGCAUCUGAUAUUGACUGGUUAGGCCUGAAUGUUAAGGGCUGUGUGGAGAACAGGGGUGAGUUUGUGGGCAGAGCCUGUGGUCAUCACGGUCCAUACAUCCCUGACGUCCUCUUCUGGUCUGUCAUUCUCUUCUUCUCCACGGUUGCCAUGUCCUCCUUCCUUAAAGAGUUCAAAACUAGUCGUUACUUUCCAACCAAGGUGAGGGCCAUUAUCAGUGAUUUUGCUGUUUUCAUCACCAUCUUGACUAUGGUUCUGAUCGACUACGCUCUGGGGAUCCCGUCCCCCAAACUGCAGGUUCCUAAUGAGUUUAAACCAACCAGAGAUGACCGUGGCUGGCUCAUCAGCCCAUUAGGACCAAACCCAUGGUGGACCACUAUUGUGACCUUCAUCCCAGCUCUGCUGUGUACCAUCCUCAUCUUCAUGGACCAACAAAUCACUGCCGUUAUUAUUAACCGGAAGGAACACAAGCUGAAGAAAGGCUGUGGGUAUCAUCUGGACCUGUUUGUGGUGGGUGUGAUGCUGGGUGUUUGCUCUUUGAUGGGCCUGCCAUGGUUCGUGGCCGCGACGGUGCUGUCAAUCUCCCACGUGAACAGCCUGAAGCUGGAGUCCGAAUGCUCUGCGCCUGGAGAACAGCCCAAGUUUUUGGGCAUCAGAGAGCAGCGCUUCACCGGCCUCAUGAUAUUCGUCCUCAUGGGCAGCUCAGUGUUUAUGACCUCCAUACUGAAGCUUAUACCAAUGCCUGUGUUAUAUGGCGUUUUCCUCUAUAUGGGAGCGUCGUCUCUCAGGGGCAUACAGUUCUUUGAUCGUCUGAAGUUGUUUGGGAUGCCAGCGAAACACCAGCCUGAUUUUAUCUACCUGAGACACGUCCCGUUGAGAAAGGUUCACCUGUUCACCAUUAUCCAGCUCACCUGCUUGGUGCUUCUCUGGGUCAUCAAAACUUCCAGAGCUGCCAUAGUUUUUCCUAUGAUGGUCUUAGCCCUUGUGUUCAUCCGUAAGCUGUUGGAUUUUGUCUUCUCUAAGCGAGAUCUCAGCUGGCUUGAUGACCUCAUGCCCGAGAGCAAGAAGAAAAAAAUGGAAGAUGCACAGCAAGAGGAGAAUCAGUGUGUCUUGAUGGAGGAUGAAGGAAUUGUACAAGUGCCCUUAGAGGGGCAUUUUAAGGACGAUCCAUCCACAGUCAACAUUUCAGAUGAAAUGACAAAGUCAUCUUUUGGAAAUAUCUGGAAAGGCCUCAACACUGACAGCACCAACAAAGAUCAAAGCUCCAAAAGCUCAGCAGUUGAAGUUGCCAUUGAACAUAAAAGAGGUGAUGAAGAGGAGGAGGCAGAUUUGGAUAGAGAGACGAGUUUGUGAGUUCACGUAUUUCGAAACACUGUAUCGUGCCACACUGCAAGCACCACUAAAUGCUUCUGUUCUGUAGGUCUGUGUGUGCCAGUCUGUGCUAAGGCACCUUGUUAUAUUUACAUGUUUUUUAUGUGUGUGUGUGUGUAUGGAGAUGUUUGUUUCGAACAUUUGAAUAUGUGUUUGAAUUUGCCGCCCACAAGGUGGAUUGUUGGGUUGUGUUUUUCCAGUCAAAUUGUAGUUUCACCUAUAGAACUUUAAAAAAUGUAAGGUUACUUUUGUUUUCAACUGGGUAGAGUGUUUUUUGUAUGUUUUAUAUAUUUUUUAAAGUAGAUCCUAUUGAAAUUCCUAGUCUGAAUAUGUUUAUUAUAUAAAAUCCUUUCUUUUUUUAUUAUGCAUAAAUGAUAAAUAUUAAUUUGCUGGCAUAGUUAAAAUAUCAUAAUAGCUAGAAGCACUUUCUGACGAUGC